AGGAGUCCAACAAUAAGAGGAGAGAAAGAGAGGAGAUUUGUUUUCCUUCGGUUGGUUCUUCACUGAUUAAAAAGAAGCCAAACACAGUAUUAAUUUUCAGAUCCUUUCCAAGGCGAUUGUUCCUCAAAUGAGCACGGGCGAACUUCUCACCAGCGAGCCUUCUGAGCUCAAGUUUACUUUUGAGCCGGGGAAGCAGAUCUCGUGUUUUCUUCAAUUGUCGAAUAAAACCGAUAAUUAUGUAGCUUUCAAGGUGAAAACAACAAAACCAAAGAAGUAUUGCGUUCGUCCCAACGCAGGGGUCGUCUUGCCUAGAUCCACAUUUGAAGUUAUGGUUGCAAUGCAAGCGCAAAAGGAAGCUCCACCUGAUAUGCAAUGCAGGGACAAAUUCCUCCUUCAAAGUGUCAAAGUGAAUGAUGGUGUAACGGCAAAGGAUAUAACUGCAGAAAUGUUCAACAAAGAAGCUGGACAUGUAGUCGAGGAGUGCAAAUUGAGAGUGGUUUAUGUUUCUCCACCACCAGUUCAAGAAGGGUCUGAAGAGGGAUCUUCAGCGGGAGUCUCUGAUUCAGAUGGCAGGCAUGCAAAUGCUGCUGAGUUUACUUCAGGUGCAAGAGCAUUUACCGAAGGGCUUGAAGCUCAAGAUAUGUCUUCCAAGGCAAGAGCUCUUGUAACAAAACUGACUGAGGAAAAAAAUAAGGCAAUUCAACAAAAUAACAAGCUUCGCCAAGAACUGGAACUUCUGAGGCGUGAAGGCAGUAAAAGCGGCGGUGGCUUGUCAGUCAUGUUUGUCAUUUUGAUCGGCUUGCUUGGCAUAAUUAUGGGAUAUAUCGUUAAGAAGUCAAAAGUAUGAUGAAGGAAAAGGGAAGAGAACUUAAUGGUCUUUGAGCCUGCUGCUUCACCUUCAAUUCGCUUUCACUAGUUAGGUUUGUGGAAAUUAGCAAAACUGGGUACUGUUAGUUCCUAUUUAUAGAUGCUCAAGUUAUUUAUCAA